CAGCGUGGCGCGUGCACCGCGCGAAGUGUCAGUGUCACAGUGUCGUGGCGUGUGCAGCGUGACUUGCCGCCAGCCCUGCCUCCGGCCACUUCCAACCGCCAUCGUCGCCAGCCCUCGCGGAAGCCGGACCUCGGCCCUGUGUGUGUGACGAGUGCGUGAAUGUACGUGAGCCCGUGCGCGUGUGUCUGCGCAUCGGCGGUGUCAUGGGGAUGAGCGCGCGCGGAGCGUGCGCACACUGUGAACCGUGUCAACACAGGUGUCGGUGCCGUGACGCGCGCCGCGACCGCCGGGACGCGACAGAGCGUCGUCUGCACCGACAGUGUGGUGCCGAGUGAGUGCGAGUGAGUGAGUGCCAGUGCACCAAAGCGAGCACGCCACUGUGGAUACGGCGCCCGAAUACUGAGAGGAUACGCCAAGUCGCGGCAAGCUCCGGAAAGGAUACCUCCGCCAGUCACUGACCGGCUCCUCCAACAAGACAGGAUGGGCCGUCUGGUGCGUCGCUGCCUGGCGGUGCUGCUGGUGUGGGGCCUGCUGGUGCUGGCCGUGCUGCAGCUGCGCGAGGGCCACGUGGACACGCACACGAGCGACCCCCGCAGCCGGCUGCUGCUGAUGAAGGCCGUGGCGAGCACGCCGCACACGGAGAACGCGGCCAACGCGGCGGCCAGCUCGUCGUCCACCACCACGUCGCCGACGCCGCCCCUCGAGUCGCUGCUGGUGGCGGAGCCCUUCGUCGACAAGAACGGCAGCAACCGGACGCAGGCCGAGGCGGAGGCCGAGGUGGCCCGCACCCUGCCGCGCGUGCCCGUCGACUUCUGGCUCAAGAACAAGAACAGGCCCAUGUUCUACAAGAACGAGAGCUGCGCCAAGAUGCCGUCCAUCUUCGAGCUGGAGUUCAACAACGUGUACUGGCAGACGAUGCACACCACCAACGGCACCUUCCAGCUGUACGGCGCGUACUACGACGUGCGCCGCUUCAGCCGCAUCGGCCCCGCCGUCCGCAUCCUGGGCAUGAUCAACCGCAUCGAGCCCACCGUCAAGACGUACUGCCAGUUCUGGUUCGACGCCCAGAAGGAGCCCGUGCUGGUCAAGACCAUGGAGUACAAGUACAUCUGGUACAAGAAGUGGGGCAACUACAAGCAGGGCAUCUACCAGCCCUACCUCAUCGCCUGCCAGAUCCCCAAGACGCACCACGCCAAGGUGCCCGUGUCCGUGUCCAUGGUGGAGAAGCCCUGUGACACGGCCACCAACCACCUGCGCGUGCUGUACGACCGGCCCGCCAAGAAGAAGGGCUUCGCCGUGUGCGUCAAGGGGCUGGACUUCCUGCACGAGGACCUGUCCGUGCGCCUCGUCGAGUGGAUCGAGCUGCUGGGCAUCCUGGGCGCCGAGAAGGUCUUCUUCUACGAGCUGCAGGUGCACCCCAACAUCAGCAAGGUGCUGCGGCACUACGAGCAGCAGGGCCGCGUGUCCGUGACGCCGCUCACGCUGCCCGGCGGCCAGCCCAACAUCCCCGGCUUCCAGCACAUGUACCUCGUCAAGAAGGUGAACCACAAGCGGCAGAACGAGCUGAUCCCGUACAACGACUGCCUGUACAAGAACCUGUACACGUACGAGUACAUCGCGCUGCUGGACAUCGACGAGGUCAUCAUGCCGCUGCGGGCGCGCGGCUGGCGCGAGCUGAUGGACGAGGUGCUGCCCAAGGCCCUGGCCGUCAAGAACGAGACGCGCGCCUCGUACAACGUGCGCAACGUGUACUUCCUGGACGACCUGAUCCACGCGCACGGCUGGUACAAGGACAUCCCGCGCUACAUGCACAUGCUGCAGCACGUGUACCGCAGCAAGAACUUCACCAAGCCCAACCAGUACGUCAAGUGCUUCCACAACCCGGAGCGCGCGCUCACGCUGCACAACCACUUCCCGCUGUCGUGCCUGGGCUCGGGCUGCACCAGCUACCCGGUGGAGACGGCCGACGCGCAGCUGCAGCACUACCGCGCCGACUGCGUGCGCACGCUCAAGAAGACGUGCGUCGAGUUCCGGCAGAACAGUGUGGCGGACACGACCAUCUGGCGGUACAAGGAGCAGCUCAUCGCCAGGACCACGGACACGCUGCGGACGCUGGGCUUCUUCGGGCCGGUGCAGGCGCCCGCGUCCGGCCCCGCGUCCGGCCCUGCCGCCGAGCAGCCCGACAGGCCCGACAGGCCCGGGCCGCCGUCGUCGGCCGGGGCGGGGCCUGCGCCCUCCUCCAAUGAGAUUUCAUAGCCCCUGCCCGAGGCCCGCCCGCGGGACUGACUGCUCGCGGGCUGGGCGACGGAAAACUAGGUUUUUAACGAAUUGUAGUGCGGGCGGCCCCGCGACGGUUUUUAAAAGACUCGUUUUUAAAAUGUGAGUGUGAGGCGCGUGGCGCUUCGCCCGUGAAUGUCAGUGUGCAUGUGUGUAUGUGUGUGUGUGUGCGUGCGAAAGAGAGAGAGAGCGUGAGUGUUGAAUCGAAAGUGAUAAACGUGACUGUUUUAGUGUCCUCAUGUAGUCUGAAUCUCGGAGAAAUGGGAUCGAGACGCUCCGAAUGCUCAAAGUCAGAUCGCGGUCCGCCUGGUCGGCCGCGCUGCGUGACUGCCAUAGCCUGCCGGCCGGUCGGUUCGACGCGGAGCUCGAAACGCGAAGCAACUGCUGCCCCAAUUUCGGCGCCACAUUUGAAAUUUGGCAUCGUCAAGUGUGGAGGACACGCCGCGUUGCGCUCCGCGUCUCACGACCUUGGGACGAGGAUGAGAGUCUGGCGCACGCGACGUCACGUCACGCCGUGUCACGCCGUGUCACGCCGCGUGACGACCGGCCUGGCUGCACGCAGCGUGCUUCGUGUCAUACAUACCGGACAACACGUGUCGAAAUUUGAAUGAAAACCGAUUCAUCGUCUGCAAAUCCUUUUUACACUUUUUUUAAUGAAAUUCAUUUUAUCUUUUUUGUCUUUUUUUUUACGUCAGCCUGGAAAACGAAGGGUGUCACAUUAAUGUUGUACUUACGAGCUCUAUCGGUUGUUUUUGUUUUUCUAUAAGGCUUUUUUUUACACGUAACUUGACAAUAUCUGAUACGUAGUUAUUGUGAAUUUUAGCUUGUUUGUUUAUGCCUUGGCCUUUUAUCUUGCACGCUCAUGAUGUAGUAGAGUCUGUGCGUUUCCUAUUUCUUAGGGUUUAUAAAAGAAAAUACUAGAAAAACAUUUUCUUUCAUAAGUCCACGAUAAACAGGCCAUAUUUUAGAAUGUAUUUGUUUGAUAUGUGAUAAGUAGUUGUUUAACUGUAAUUAUGCUAACGCUGUAGAAACGAGUUUUUAAUUUUUAUCGAAAGUAAAGAGAGUCUUGUGAAUAUUUUGUACAAAUUGUCUAAAACUUUUUUUAAAAAAAUAUUUUUGUUGGUGUUUUGGCGUAGUCAACGCCUCAAAACCAUGUGGCCGACGAGUUUGGGGGAACGAAGACAAAAUUGGCCCCGAAAGUGGCGGCCGAAAUGGGGCCACCAAUGGCGGGUCGCAAAAUGCCGGCGCUCUGUUCCCACGGGCCGCGAGUCACAGCCUCGCUCGAUAAUUCAGACCGUCAUUUCUGGUCAGCUCUCGAAACGACGGACGCAACGCCGUGGCUCACUCGUUGUGCAAGCGGCUGCCGGUUGACCGGAGCUGGAACGACCUGGAUUGAUUCCUGAGGCCUCAAAACUAGAGAUUCGCAUCUCGGAAAACUAUCUCCUAGACAUCCCCGACGAUACCACGGCAGGAGUGUCUAGAUUUUUGGCCGGGUUUGUCUAGAAAAUAUAUUUCCGAAGUCCGUGUCUCCCAUCACUUCAAUGCCGGUUCAAUCAGCCCUCUUAGGCUACACGAUGUAUAAAACUAUUUUUGUUAGUGUUGAGGUCCUAUUCUUGUCACUCGCCUGCUUUUGAAUGGAUAGUCUGUUUUCUGUAGAUAUUUGUUGUUGUAGUUUUUACUUGCCUUUUCCACGUAACGUAGUGGUGCGAGUCGAGUAGAAGUGUAGAUAUGUUUUAUAGAAAAAAGAGAUUGUGAAUAGUGUUAUCCAAUGUAAUUUAAAUUUGUUGUAGCAUUCGAUUAGCUGUGGAAUCUAUUUGUUAUGACGUUUGUGUAUCUUUAGAGGUCCGUGAUAUUUUUGUAAAUUUAGUUUGGUAAUGAUGUAGCGGUAUGUUCUCGGUGCUUCGUAUUUAACGUUAAACCAUGUUGUGCCUGCUUGCUCCCUUCAGAACGACUCACACGUAUUGCCUCCACCAGUUUGAUUCGCUAGAUAACUUAUUAACCACCCAUUGUCGCAGCAGGCGUCAAACACUCCUCCAGAAAUGUACUCGGUGAGGUGGUUGUUCCUUCUUGUGCAGUCGAGUUGAUUCAAGGGCAAGUAAUGCUGCCAUGUUUUGUGUGUAAUUAUGAGAACUGCGCCGCGGAGGCCAAAUACCUGAAUAGGCCAUUAUAAAUCCAUUUGUACGUCUGAAAGAUUCUCUUCCCACAGCUGGGCCGAAAGUGCUUUUUCUGCCCUCGUGGUCCUAGCUUGCCGCACUUUGAACCUUCGGUCGGGUGUUUGGCCUCCCUGGCGGCAGUUCCGCAGUCGUCGGAGUCGAAGCGCUCGUUUUGGGGGAGCACAUGCACGCAGCUCUGGCGGUCUCAACUACGUGGCGCUGGGCCCCGCGCCCGGCCCACAGACUGAACGGCCUCCAGAGCCCCCUGUGUACUCUGUGAUAUUACGACGCAGUAUACUUUGUUUUUAUGCUCAAAAACCCAUAAAUUAAUAAAAUGUCAUUCGAUUAGA